AAUGUAUUUGGCUAAGGUGUAUGUACAUUUCUGAUUUCAACUGUAUAUCUAAUGCAGAACAUUGUCUAAUGUUUUUCCAGAUACGGAAACAGCCUACAAUAUUAAUUGUCACAUCAGUAAUACAUGUGGGUGAAUCAAUAGGCAGCGAUAAAACAAAUAGAUUAAUUGUGAAUGUGUACACAGGCAGCAGGUUUGGCAUUCUGGAAACACCCAUCCUCUGAGCAGUUUGGGCAGUUUUCUGUUUGGUGUGACAGUGUAACUAGCAGUUACAGUAGUAAAGCAUCGGACUCAGCUAUGUUCAUCCCACCUACAACUAACUCAUCAGUUCACAGGUUGACACAUUGUCGUAAUUGUCUUAUGAUACUAUGUCUUUGGACUUCAACAAUUCUGUGUAUGUGGAAAUUCCUGGAAAAUGGGAGUCAGAAGCAGAAAUUCCAGCCCCCAAUUCCUAGACCUGUUUCUACAGUUGAAUUAAGAAGACACAUACAAACAAAUUCAUCACCCACAAUUUCCAUGUUUGAUUUGGGUAUUAGUCAUGAGGACAUGGGAAUCAGUUAUGAUGAGUGGGAAAGUCUACAGAAAGCUCUGGACUGGCCUAGUCCAGAUAAAGAUAUCACUCAGCUGAAUCUGAGUACAAGUCCAGUUCACUCAACAUUCUCGAUUGAGGGACUCAAUGGCAGUUAUAAAGUGGGAGAAAAGAUUCAUGUUACAAUCACAGCCAGAGAUCACAACAACAACUUGAAACCAUAUGGAGGGGAUUUUUUCCAAGCAAAGCUGUACAAUUCAAAGUUAAAGGCGAGUGUGUUUGGAGAGGUUGUGGACCACCGUAACGGGACUUACACCGUUGAUCUUCUUCUGCCAUGGAAAGGCCAGGCACAAGUGUUUGUGCGUCUAGUUCAUUCCAGUGAGGUUGUUCAGAUUCUUGAAAAAUACCUGGAGUCGUCAUUCCCACGCAGUCACUAUAACGGAUACUUUGAAGGGCCAGGACCUAAAGGAAACAGAAUCAGUGAAGUAGUACAGUGUAAUCUUAAGUGGGGCCCAAACGGAAGUUGGAUUAAAGGCAACUGCUGCUGCGAGUAUAAGAAUGUAAAAACAGGGACGGUGUGGCAGUGUGAGAGGCCUAAAACACUGACCUGUGACAAGCUGGUGCACCACUCAAGAGGAUCUUUGGAAAACCCAUUAAAUCCCUUUGAGAAGAAACUUUUUACAAAGAAAUUAACAAAUGUUGCUCUUACUGGAGAUACGAAAAUCAUAAAUGUCCUUCCCAACACUACAGAUAUUGGCUCAAAAGAGAGAUGUAGAUCUGGCCUGACAACACCAGUUCCGGCAGGGUUCUUUUUGCAAGAUGUCUGGAAGUCUUUGGUAUGUAACACUAAACGCUUCAGUCCUCCAGAAACGGGAAAUUGUCUCAAAAACAAAAUUGUCUACUUGAUGGGGGACUCCACCACAAGGCAGUGGUUUGAGCAUUUGGAACGAAAAGUGCCAGGCUUAAAGAGAAUGGACCUCCACACUCCUCGUACGGGUGGACCCCUGAUGGCUGUGGAGUUAAAAAAUAAUAUCAUUGUUCACUGGCAGCCACAUGGUGUGCCUUUGCGAUUUUCUAAAAUGCUAAUUACUGAUCUGCAUUACAUCAGCAAUGAUAUUGAUGAAAUAGCUGGUGGUCGUCAUGCAGUCAUUGUCUUCACAAUCUUUGCCCACCUGGUGUUUCACCCACUAACAUUUUACGUCCAUGAAGUGGCCAAAAUUCGCCAGGCCGUUGUUGCACUACUGAGCCGUGCACCAGAUACUACUGUCAUCAUCAAGUCUGGCAACACUGCAGGACUAAAGGACAUUUUUCAAAGUGAUUGGUAUGCACUACAGUUGAACACAGUGAUGAGAGAGAUGUUCAGAGAUAUUAAUGGAGUGAUCUACUUUGAUGUCUGGCAGAUGACUUCCUGUCACUAUCUACAUGAAAACAUUCACCCCGGUCCUGUUAUCAUUGCUAAUGAGAUUGACAUGUUACUGUCUUAUAUCUGCCCUAACUGAAACACCAGACACAAUAACAUAAUGUAUGUUAAUAACUUUAUUCAUACAGUAUGAUGCAAAUUAAAAUUAGUAGACUUGAUCUAAAUUAGAGAAGAGGUGUAAUUUAACGGAUUAUCUCAAAGUGCACUUGAAUUACAUUUCUAUCAUCACUUUGUUAAUGAUCAUAUUUAUCUUCUUUAUUUACAAAACUUAACACUGUGAUUUAUGAAACAUUUUAUAAUAAUAUAACUGUUAUAAUCUUUGUUCUGUCACUCGGACAUCUCUAAAAAGAUUGUUAUUUGUCUAAUGUGUUUUACAUUUUUUUGUUAUUACUUGUUUGUCUUGGGUUAUUUCAAUUCACAUUUUUGCAAACAGUUAUAUUUGUUCAUCCAUAGUUUUAGUGAUAUUUAAUAUAGUCUUGUAACACCCAUGAGAACAAUACAAUUGUGUUAAUGAAAUUUAAGAUACAAUAAAAGCAGGACUGUUUUCAAGAAAUUAAAGCAAGUAUUUUCUGUUUCAAAACAGGGUAACUUUAAUAGAUAUGUUUUUAACCAUAA